AGUUUUACAGUGAGACGCUGAAAGGGAAAAGCUAGUGCUUCAAACAUCGAUGAGCAGACACUCAGCAUCUCAUGCAGACAGUGGAGGCGAGCUAGCUCCGUGCAGAAAAGAAAACAGUCAGAAAAGCAGAAUUUGUGUCUCCGUGGGGAAACUGGGGACUGACAUCGCUGUGAAGAAGCAGCUCCUGUCCUAAUUUGUCUGUGAGGACAAAACGCUCGUCAGCUGCACGGCCACACUAGAGGCUGUGUGUUUUCAGUCUAAGAUGCCCUAGGCGAGGAGCACGGAAAUGUAAAUGGCUUCCAAAGUGAAAGAUGCUGUGGUGUGGUACCAGAAAAAGAUUGGCGCCUAUGACCAGCAGAUUUGGGAGAAAUCAGUGGAGCAGCGAGAAAUUAAGGGCUUUAGGAACAAGCCAAAGAAGACGGGACAUGUCAAACCAGACCUGAUAGACGUUGACUUGGUUAGAGGUUCGGCCUUUGCCAAAGCCAAACCAGAGAGUCCAUGGACAUCACUCACUAGAAAGGGCAUUGUCAGGGUCGUCUUCUUCCCUUUCUUUUACAGAUGGUGGAUCCAGGUCACUUCCAGAGCCAUCUUCCUCUUACUACUGGCUCUCUAUCUGUUACAAGUUGGAGCAGCAGUCCUGUACAUGAGCAUCCCUCAGCCUCAUGGAGUACCAGCCACUGAGGUGUUUGGGGCCAUCUGGCUCAUGUUGCUGCUGGGUACUGUCCACUGUCAGAUCGUCUCCACUAGAACACCAAAACCUGCCUCCAGCAGCGGGGGGAAGAGACGCAGGAAGUUGAGGAAGGCAUCUCAGAUGGAGGUGCAUAGGGAAGGCGACGGGUCUAGCACUACCGAUAACACACAGGAAGGGGCGCCACACUCCCACUCAGCCAGCACCACAUACAGCCUGGGCGCUUUCUUCCAAGAUUUCUGGCAUGAUAUCUGUAAAGCUGGAUCCAAAAAGUCCAAGCUGUCCAUCGACAAGUCCACAGAGACAGACAACGGCUAUGUGUCGCUGGACGGCCGGGUGACCAAUCGCAGCAGUGAGGAGGGGCUUCAGCUCCACGAGCAGCGCUGUGAUUCGUUGAACAGAGCUGAUGGGGUUUGCUGGAACUCGCACGUCCAGCCCACCAAUACUCACACACCCCGCGGCACAGGACUGAUGGUGGCAGGUGGCAACAAGGAGCCAGCAUCAGAUGAGGCGUCCAGUGAGGAAGACCCUGAAGUGUCCUACAACGCCCCCCGUAGGGGAGUUGAAAGAAUUAACAGUGACUGUAUUCUCAGAAACCGCAAGAACACAAACCACUACAAGAAACACUACGCUGUGGAGGAUGUCCCAAAGUCCGGCACCAGCUGCAGCUCCAGGUGUUCCAGUCUGAGGACUCAGGACUCAGAGAGCACUCGACACGAGUCGGAGACAGAGGACCUGCUGUGGGAGGACUUCUUACAUUGUGCUGAGUGCAGAUCAUCCUGCACCUCAGAGACAGAGGGAGAAGGAGGAGGGACACCCGUCUGUCCCCCUGCUAAAAAGGAAUACAGGGAUGACCCCUUUCAUCAGGGUCACGUUCCCUGGCUGCACAGCUCCAACCCCGGCCUGGAGAGAGUGAGCGCCAUAGUGUGGGAGGGGAACGAGUGUAAGAAGGCUGAUAUGUCUGUUCUGGAGAUCAGCGGCAUGAUCAUGAACAGAGUGAACCUCUACAUCCCUGGUAUUGGUUAUCAGGUCUUUGGGAACCUGGUUUCAGUCACACUGGGCCUCACUCCUUUUGUGUACAGACUGGCUCAGCACCGAGAUGUGGAUCAGCUGACCACGCUAACAGCCAAUGAGCUGCUGUCUGUAGCCCUGGGAGGCGGGUCUGGAUCAGAUGCCAUGGUUAUCACCAUGGUAACACUCAGCUUCCUGGUGCGUGUUUGCCUUAUAUGGCUCUUCUUUUUCCUGCUCAGCGUAGCAGAGAGGACCUACAAACAGAGGCUGCUGUUUGCAAAGCUGUUUGGUCACCUGACCUCAGCACGCAGAGCGAGAAAGUCUGAGGUCCCUCAUUUCAGACUGAAGAAAGUUCAGAACAUCAAAAUGUGGCUGUCGCUACGCUCCUACCUCAAGAGACGGGGUCCUCAGCGUUCAGUUGAUGUGAUAGUGUCCUCUGCCUUCCUGCUCACUUUGUCUGUCGUCUUCAUCUGCUGUGCACAGUUGCUCCAUGUCCAUGAGACGUUCCUGGAGUGUCACUAUAACUGGGAGCUGGUGAUCUGGUGCUCCAGUCUGUCUCUGUUCCUGCUCCGGUUUGUCACUCUAGGCUCAGAGACCAGCAAGAAGUACAGCAACACCUCCAUCCUGCUUACUGAACAGAUCAACCUGUAUCUGAAGAUGGAGAAGAAACCAAACAAGAAAGAGGAGCUCACUCUGGUCAACAACGUCUUAAAACUGGCUACUAAACUACUGAAGGAGUUGGACACUCCAUUCAGGCUGUACGGUUUGACCAUGAACCCUCUGCUCUACAACAUCACCCAGGUGGUCAUCCUGUCCGCUGUGUCAGGAGUCAUAUCUGACCUGUUAGGAUUUAACCUCAAACUGUGGAAGAUCAAAUCGUGACAUUAAACAGUGUAAAGAGGCUGACCUCCGCUCUGACUGACUGACUCACUGAAUGCUCGUCUGACUGAAAGAGGAACGUCGGCCUCUACAUAUCAGAGUGAUUUCAACGUUCCCACUUUGUGCAAUUCACAAACUAUUUAUUUACCCACUCAGUGUUUUUAUUUAGGGUUUUUUGAAUUGUAGUUUAUUUUAUUUUUGUGUUAUUUGACACAAAACAAUGCUAUAUUUUACCUGUCUACAAAAAGUGUUUGUAUUAUUGUUAAAGGCAUAAAUGUAUCAUUUUAAAUGUGAUGGUUUAGGUUCUCAGCUGCAUUUACAACAUUUCAGAAAUCUGAAGGCAAAGUAUUGAUGAGGCAAGAAUGAUUUCUUUUGAAUUUGUGUCAUUUAAGUUAUUUAUAUUUUAAGAGAGUUUGAAAAAAAGGUUGGCAAAGAAA